UAUUUCCGUCUCAGAAAUCUCUUUUGAUACAAGCGUAGAAAGUUAUUGCUGCCUUUGAGACUUGUUGUUUGAUGGUGUUUAACAGGUCUUUCGUUAUUUGCCGCGGCAUCGUUUUGCAUUGUAGACCGUUUGCUUGGAUUUCAGCACCCGAUACAGCAGAUACCGCAAAAUAAUCUUCAACAAAAUAACGCUCAGAGCCUGCAGCGGGACAAUAUGCCGAGAAGAACGGAUGUGAAGCCAAGAGGACGGAUGACAGCGUACACGUACUUCGUCAAGUCAUGUCACCAGGAGCAUAAAAAGAAGCAUCCCAAGAGGAAGAUUUACCCCCAGUUUUUCGCCAAAAAUUGUGGAAAGAGGUGGAAGACUAUGUCGGACAUCGAGAAGAAGCGUUUCCACGAAAUGGCAGAGAAGGACAAGAAGAGAUACGACACGGAGAUGCAGAACUAUACGCCGCCUAAGGGAGAGAAUAAGGGCAGGGGCAAGAAACGCAAACACAUCAAGGAUCACAAUGCUCCCAAGAGAUCGCUGUCUGCUUUCUUCUGGUUCUGCAACGAUGAACGCGGAAAGGUCAAAAUGCUGAAUCCUGAAUAUGGCGUAGGCGAUAUAGCUAAGGAAUUAGGCAAGAAAUGGUCGAACGCAGAUCCCGAAACCAAAUCCAAAUACGAGGCUAUGGCAGAGAAGGACAAGGCUCGAUACGAAAGGGAAGUGAGAAACGCGUAUAAAAAGAAAAUACAAAACAACGGCGCUCCGGUGGUCGAAACUAUAACAAUAAGCGACAGCGAAUGGGAGGAAUGGGAGGACGUCGAGGACGACGACGAAUAGCGGAUGCACGUCGAAAUUUCUUCAUCUAUCACCCCGUGUCCUUCAUCCUGAAAGCAUACCUCACCUACUGUACUGUACCAUUGACCUUAGCGUAAGCGUACUUACACCACCAUCACUAGGAAAACGAAGCAACUAAUCACCAAGCAACCUAACAAUCAACCAAGAAGCUUUCUUCAACAAUCCCCCACCAACCAACCUUCUAAUUCUUUCCCCGAUUAUUUACGAUAAUGAUAAAGUAAUCCGCGCUAAUUAUGGUAAUUAUUUUAAAAGGAAAAACUGGUAUGCAUGAGUGGUGCGCGAGCGUGAGCGAGAGAGGAUCAUUGUGUUAGUGAACAUUUGUACUUUAACAUAUUGAUAGUAACGAUGAUGUAAAGCGGCUAGUAAGAUAUAGCGGAAGAUAAUGGAAGAAAAAAAAAU